CGACCGAUUGCAUGGCGUUUGAUGCCAUGGCCGCUGCCGUAAUGGGUGCAGAUACGCUGCCGGAUACACAUGUCAUGGCUUCAGACGGCAUGGCUACAGAUGGCAUGGCUACAGACGGCAUGGCUACAGACGGCAUGGUCGCAGACGGCAUGGCUGCAGACGGCAUGGCUGCAGACGGUAUGGCUUCAGACGGUAUGGCUGCAGACGGCAUGGCUGCAGACGGCAUGAUUAUGACCUUCGCGGCUACAGGAGGCAUGGCUGUAGACGACGCUUCUACAGGCGCCGAGGAUGUAUUGACUACAGAUGACAUCGAGACAGACAUGACGGGUAUAAUUCUUGCAACAACACAAGACGGCGGGGCUACAGACGUUCUCGGUACUGACGCGACGGCUACAGACGGAAAUGCUAGUAACGAAAUGGCUCUAGGAGGCGCGAUGGCUAACACAGCUACAGACGUACAGGAUAAUGUGGCUGGUGUGGCAGGUGGAGAGGUUUGUGAACCGGUAGGACUAGAUGUUGAUGCGUGUGCUGAUGCUAGCGGGGAUGUUGAGUUAACGCAGGAAAAGGUGGAUGCUAAGUCGACUCCAGAAAGGGUAGAUGCUCAGUUGACUCCAGAAAGGUUAGAUGCCAAGUUGACUGAGGAGAGGGUUGAAGAAAGGGAAGUGAGAGGAGGGGGAACGAUGGACUUGAGUGGUCAAGAGAGGGGGGAGGGGAAGGAGGCAGAGAAAGAAGAACCAAGGGAGGGGGAUAUUGCCGAUAGAGGGGACGAAAAGGGCGAGGCGAGCGAGUGUGUGGAGAAGGAGGAGAGUGAAAACGAGGAGGGAAAGGCGGAGGAGGAAAAGGAGAAGGAGGAGGAAAAGGAGAAGGAGGAGGAAACGGAGAAGGAGGAGGAAAAGGAGAAGGAGGAGGAAAAGGAGGAGAAAGAGGAAAAGGAGCAGGAGGAGGAGAGGAAAGGGGAGGAGGAAGAGGAGGAGGAGGAAAUGGAGGUGGAUGUGGUGGGAUGUGACGAGGAAGAGAAGGAGGAGGAGAGGGAGGAGGAAGAGGAAGAUGAAGAAGAAGAUGAGGAGGAGGAAGAGGAGGAGGCGGAGGAGGAAGUAGGGAGAGGCGGAAGCAGGGUGUCAACUAUGGGGCUAGCCAGCAGUGCUUCCUGGGCUGGGAUAGAGGCAGAUGGAGAAGAAGCAGCGCAGUCCAACGCAGCAGCAGCAGCAGCAGCAUCAGCAUCAGAAGAACACCUGUGGCCCUUAAGCAAGCUGGUGUCGAUGAUUUCAACCCAGGGGGGGGUGCUAUCUGAGCAGGUGCUUACUCUACAGCAGGUGGUGCUGGCGCAGCAGCGGCUGGUGCAGCAGUGCACCGUGGAGUGGAAGGAGCAGCAGAAGCAGCUGCAGCAGCAGGCGAAGCUACUGCAGCAGCAGCAGAAGCAGCAGCAGCAGGCGCUCCAGCAGCAGCAGCAGCUGGAAGAAGAGGAAGAGCAGCAGCUGCAGCAGAUCACCCAGCGCCCGCGGUUCAAACGGCCCAAGGACUGGGAGAGCGAGUGGGAGAAGAGGAGCGGCGUGCCGGGAGGAGGCGGGGGAGGAGGCGGAGGAGGAGGGGGGCAGUCGGGGCAGGGAGGCGCGGAGGAUGCAGGGCAGGUGCCGAGUCACAUGCACAUGCAGCAGCACCUGCUGCUGCCGGGGCAGAUGCAGCUGCUGGAAGAGCUUGGGGAGGAGGGCACUGAAGCCACGUGGGAAAACCCCCUCGAGGAGGCAAUGGCGUCCAUGCUACUGCAUCCAGACGCAGAGUCGGAGGCUGCGUUGCACCAGCACCUGUCGCUCUUCUUCUCUCUCAAGGACACCAUCACCAAGCGAGAGGCCAGAAUCAUCGCCACUGCUGCUGCCACCUCCUCUGCUCAAGUGCGUGAGGUCUUUGGCUCCUUCCGCUCCCAUGUGCGCUCGCUCCUCCAAUCAAUACCCACCACAUCUGCACCACCGCAAGACACACCCAACAUCACCACAGCCAUCGCCACGACCACCGCCACCACAACGGCCACCAACAACCACAACAACAAUAACAGCACCAACAACAAUAGCAGGGUGCCUGGCAUCAGCCCCAGCAGCAGCAGUGCGGUACCAGCAGCAGCAGUGCCUCUCUUCCCUGCCGCACCACCACCUCUCCCUCUGUCCCAGUCAGCUAACAGUGCAGCACCGUCAAUGCUGCUUGGUUCCAAACCCACUGCUGCCUCUCCUCCCUUCUCCGCAACACAGACCCCUCUUCAUCAGACCCCUCUUCCAGUCACAAGCAUUAGUAGCAGCUCUGUCAGUGCUGCAACCGUGAGACCUAUUGCACCACAACCGCACUCGUCCCCUUUGCUCCACCCGAUCGCUCCCCAGAGCCCUCUUUCAGGAUCGAAGCUCCACUCCGCUUCGAAAAUCCCAGUGCCUGCUAAACCCCCAGCGUUCAAAACCCCAGCGGCUAAGCUCCCAGUGCCCAUCUCUUCUGCAUCUUACCUCCCCUCUUCCCACCCCCCCGCGACUCACCCUCCUCGCACGCGGGCAGCCCUUGUGGCAAAGCGCCGCUCGUCCAUGCAAAGUGGGAAGGAGAGAGAGGGGGUAGGCGCGCAGGACAGAGCGGGGGAAAGGGUGGGUGAAAAAUUGGGGGAAAGAAUGGGGGAGAGAGAGGAGAAACCGAGAGAAACUGACCUGGAUGCCUUGCUGUCUGCUGCUGAACGCGCCCUUUCCUUCUCAUCCGGCCCUGCUUCCAACUCCCCCUCCUCUCACUCUGCUCCCGCCCCUGCUGCCUGGUGGGAGGGGCUGGAGGAGAAGGCGAUCGCAGCAGCAAGAGAGGCAGAGGAAGAGGAAGCAGCAGCAGCAGCAGCAGGAGGGCGAUCAGGGCCCCAUGGCCCAUUCGACUCCUCUUCCCCGCUCUCGUCCGCUGCUGGCGCAGCAGCUUCUCCUAACAGUGCAUCGGCGCGUGCCGGAUGCCGCAUUACAUCCAUCCUGGCCUCCCACCUGCGGCAGGGCACAGGGGGCUUCACGGCACAGCAGGCAUCGUUGCUGCAGCUGCUGCUGGUGCGGCCAGUUUCCAGCCUGCGCAAGCUUCUGGAGGUGGAGAGCAGGGCGCCAGUGCUGGCAGCAUGGCUCAGGCAUGCUGCCGACGAGAGCCAAACCACCAUCCUGCUGCUGCUGCUGCAGCUAUUGGCAGCCAUACCUGUGUCGCUGGCUGACCGUCCAGUGCUCACGUCUCUCAAGCCACUGCUGCAAGGCCUCUGCUGCUACGAGCCCUCAGUGCGUGUGAGCCACGGUGCGCGCGUGCUGCUGUCCGCCUGGCACCCCAUCCUCACGCCUCCCCUCGUACCGCUGCCCCAGCCGUCGCCGCAUGCUGCUCCCACCAAGCCCUCUCUGCACAGGGGGGGGAGAAUGCUGCCCCCCCCGUCAGCAGCUCAUUACCGCCGCAUGCGCGACGCUGCAGCCAGCAAGCGAUUCGCAGACAUCGCGAAACGAGCACAGAUAGGCAAGGUUCUCUCUCGUCGUCGAGAAAUCACCGCUCCCACGGCCGCACAGCAGCCCCCAGUGACAUCCCCCACAAAGCACUCCCCUCAGCAAAAGGGCCUUCGCCUCUCUGAAGUCGAUCAGCAGCUGCGACUUCCGCCAGGCGACAAGCGUGCAGUGAUGGUAUCAAUCGCCUCGGCGUCCCAUGCGUUUGGCAAGCCGGCACCGCACCACCGCCCGCUCUCUGUCGACGACAUCAUGCACGCCAAGCGGCGCCGCAUGCAGCAGCAGCAGCAGCAGCAGCAGCAGCAGCAGCAGCAGGGGCAGGGGAAGAGGCAGAAAACAGAGCAAUGGAGUGUGGGAGGUCAAGGAGAGGAGCAGGGGAAGAGUGAAGAGGCGCGACUGACGGCAGGAGGCGGACUAGCCACAUCAGCAACAGCAACUGCCACACCAGAAGCAGCAGCAGCAGCAGCAGCAGCAGGAGCAGUAGCCGCAGCAGCAGGAGCGACAGCAGGUGGAGGGGUGAAGAGGGAAGAGAUUCGUCCCGUAACCAAAGCAGCACCUGCUAACAUGUCGGCUCGGCUGGGCAGCAGCAGCAAUGGUAGCGACGGGUUUGGAGGGAUCUCUCGCUCCUAUGUGGGGCCUGCUCGCCUCAGACUCAUGGGCCGAGGAGGCGGUGGUGAUUGGAUAAUGGGUGUGGACUCAAAGGAGCACGUGCAGGGUAUGGGGAAUAGGGCUGUGCCGCAAUCACCAGUGCCGGCGGCAUCAGGAGCUGCAGCAGCAGUAACAUCACGUGAAGCAUUAGCAGUACCAGCAGCAGUGACAGCGGCGGCAGCUGAGGCAGCAGUUAGUGUAUGCGGUGUCAAGCAGGAGCCAGAGUUUAUGGAACCACCGUCUCAAACCACUCACAGCCUGAUGCCAGCACAGAGAGAGGCAGGGGCAGCAGAGGGGACGGGAAGCAUGCUGCAACGGGGGGUUGCAGGGGCAGCAUGGAUGGGAGGAAUCGGGCGAGCAGGGGGGAUGGGGAGAGUGGUGGGACGUACUGAGACACGAGGCCCCGAACCAGGUUCCUGUACAGCCUUGGACGUCGAGACGAAGCCACCGGUGGAAGCUUUGGGAGGCUUUGGACCCAAGGGGGCGGUGGGAGCGGUGGGAGCGGUGGUUGUUGUGGUGAGUGGGGGCGGUAUGAGUGCUGAGAGAAGUGAGGUUUCUGCGGGAGGUGCUGUAGCUGAGGUCACAACGGGUGCUGCUGCUCCUGCUGCUGCUGCUGAUGCUGCUGCUGCUGGAGGUUUUGGAGAGAGGGGGGCUGUGGAGGAAGCAGAGGGUUUAGGGGCGGCACAGGAGGUGCCAUCACGAGCAGCGGAUGUUCACAUGGAGGAGAGUUGGUGCGAGCCCGUUGCUGCGUUUGAGUCAACUCAACAGCAGGCUCAGGCUGCUUACAUGCAGCAUGUUGCUGCUUUGGCGGGCCAGAAAGUGGUGGAGGACGGCGGCGCGGGCGGGUGCGAGCAGGAUGGCUCAUUGUUGGCGCAAACAGUGGGGGGAGGAAUCUGGAUGGAUGCUGGUGUGAGCAGAGAGGGCGGAGAGGAGGUGGAGAUGAUGGGGAUGGAUGGGCAUGGCUUGCACAGGGCUGAGAGCAAGGGCGGUGAAGAGUGGAUGGAAGAGGGUGGGGAUGGAGAGCGAUUCAUUGCUGCUGGUACUGCUGCUGCCUCCCUGGCGGCUACUGCACCUGAUGCUGCAGUGCUUGCUGCAUCGGCAAAGGAAGAGGCACAGGAGGAAGGGGCGCUGGUGGGAGCGGCCGGAGCAGGAGAGCGGGUGGAGGGACAUGGAGGCGUAUCCGAAGCAGUCCUUGCUACUGUUGCUGCGGGUGCAGGUGGGGCAAGGUGUGAAGGCUCAGUUGGGGAUGCGGAAAUGGGAGCAGCGGGGGGAGAGGUACAGAUGGGCGUCAUAGGGGGCAAUGUGAAGGACGAGAGGGUCCUGGGGAUGGUGCGGAUGGAGGUGCGUGAAGGGCACAUGACAAGGGAUGGGGCGGUAGAGGGGAUUAAUGAAGAGGCGAGCGAGGUAGCGGAGGUGAUGAGGCCGAUGGCAGAGGUUGUUGCAGCAGCAGCGCCCGGAGACGGAAGGGAGGAGCAGCAGCAGGAGGAAAAGGAGAGGGAGGAGGGGGAGGAGCGCAAGAUAGGGAAGAAAGAGGAGAGCGACGGCAAGGAGAAGGCCAAGAAGGAGGGGGGAGAGAAAGAGGAUGAGAAGGAGGAGGAAGAGGAGGAUGAGGAGGCUCUAGAUAGAAUGGUUUUGGAGAUCAUUGGGGUGCAGGAGAAGGGGAGGGCUGAGCGGCACAUGGGUGGCAUGGGUGGUGCGGACGCGGCUAAUAUCGGGCGCCUGGUGAUGGCUAUGAUGCUAGGCGUGGUGCCGUGGAAGAAACCACCAAGCAUACAUACCCAGGCCGGCCCGGUGGUGGUGGCGCAUGGGGAGGGCAGCAGCGAGCUGCCGCGCGUGGAGCGCCACAUCGCCGCGCUCGUAGCACAAGGCGUACGCCGCACACCCGUCUUCAAUGGCUGGUCGCCUGCCGAGCCCGUUUCUGAGAGAGACACCGGGGAGGAGGGGGAUGACGGGAUGACCCCUGUGAUCCCCACGGUUGUGCAGAAGAAGGCGAGGGAGGAGAUGAAGCAGAAGCAGGGGCAGCAGCAGAGGUACCCCCAACACACGCGGCAGCACCAACAGCAGCAGCAGGAGGAGCAUGUUCAGCAGUCGUUCCAGCAUGGGCAGAAGCAGCAAGUGCCGCAUCAACAAUACCGAUACUCCCAGGGUACUCAGCAGCAGCAGCGGCAGCAGCAGCAGCCGUUGCGCCAGGAGUCACAGAAGAAUCAGUACUCGUAUAAGCAGCAGCAGCAGCUAGAACAGGCGUCAUUCCGCCAUAGACAUGUGGAUGCAGAUCUGCAGCAGGAGUACCCGUACACAGAGCAAUACCAACCGCAGCAGCAGCAAGAACUUCGUCAGCAGCCGUACAAGCAUGCGCCGAAGAAACAGCCUCUGCAGCAUCAGCAAUACCAGGAUGCACAGUCGCCGCAACAACACCAUCACCAGCAGCAGCAGCAAAAGCAUCAGGCGCAGGCACAGCAACCACGGCAAGCGCGGCGAAUACAGCAGCAGCUGCAGGAGCAGCAGCAGCUUGUAAACCCAGAGGAACCGGAAGGACUGGAGCAAUUCGACUUUGAGCCACAGCUGGAGGGGCAGGUGGGACCUGGGGAAGGAUAUGGCGACCAAUGGACAGACCCACAGCCGCAGCAGCAGCAAUAUGAGCAGUAUGGGCAGGGGUGGGCUGAAGAGGAGCUUGGGUACGGAGAGGAAGGAUACGAGGAGGAUCAACAACAAGCUUGGCCGUACAACGAUGUCUCGGAUGGGAGAGGGCAGAGGCAAAGAGCAAAGGACACCAAGAACCACAAUGUCAGGCAUCUGAGCAAACCACUAACUUAGAAGAAUACGUGGGCUGACAAUAUGUGGCAAUGAUAGUGACAUGCUGGCAGAAGGGGACUGUACAGGAUCUGAACAUGUGGUCCAUGCAAACAAUGAUUGGAUGCAUGCGAUCGUGUGUCAGCCUGACAGCCUGUUGUGGGUGGGAGUGUUGCUAGCAUGAUGACCAAUCAGAUGUUGAUGGAAUUAAUAAAAGUUAAAUUC